CUAACUCUAUUGGUUUUUAUAGUCAUUGGUCCGGAUUUAUAUGAGAACAUACCUCCAUCAAGAUCUCGACCAUCAGUCUAUGGCGGUCACACAGUCUCUGUAGCAAUUAAAGCAGCACUGCUGACAUUGAGCCAAGAGUCUGCAUCUGAUAAAGUUAUCAAUUCAGUCCAAUCUUCAUUUGUAAGACCAGUUAGACCACUAACUAGUGUCACGUAUAAGGUGUACAAUAAGAAGGAUGGUGCCCUAUUCUCUCAUCGCAGUGUAUCAGCAGUACAAGAAGGGAAAUUAGUUUUUACUUGUUUAGUGUCAUUCAAAUCAGCCACUGGAGACAGUCAAACUGGAAAGCUGAUUUACAAUAAUCAAGAAAAGCCAUCAAUUCCUGGACCAGAUCAUCCUGAUUAUAUCUUGAGUAAAAAUCAUGAGUCGUAUCCUAUCAUUGUCAAGUUAUUAUGGCCACAUAAAAACGAAGCAGGUCUACCUACUUUACCAACUUUACCAAAGGUACCAAGGAGCUGCGCGUGGAUUAAACCAAAGAAGGCUGUCACAUCUCAAGAUCAAAAUGACAACAGAAUUUGGAUAUUAUACGAAUCAGAUACAAUAUUAUCGUCACAAAUCCUCCCACAAUUCCCGGACGUUAAAUUCACAUUCUAUACAUCACUGGAUCACAGUGUAUGGUUCAGUGACUCUCCUUACAAGAUUGACGCUAAUGAUUGGUAUCUUUACGACGCCUGUUGCUUAUCCUCUAAUUCUCAUACAAGUCUUAACACAUUGAGAGUAUAUAGUAAGGAUGGUGAAUUGGUAGCUACUGCAGUCCAGCAAGCAUAUAUACAAACAGCUACAGCUAAACUAUAGAAUUAGCCAGGCGAAUUUAAACAUUGAGGGGGGCGAGCAUGACAUUUUUUGAAAUUUCAAUGAUAAAACUUGCUGCAGUGAUAGUGCUUAUUGUAGAAUCAUUAUUGCUUUGCUUUGCUUAAAAUCAUUAUUAUUGUCAAUAAAAUCAUUAUUAUUAUUAUUAUUGUUAAAUAACAAUUUGGUAUAUGAAAGUAAAAA